AUGGCACAGAAGUGGCAUCAAGAAACCCCGAUCACAAGAUGUGAAUCUCCUAAAGGGAUAUAUCCCAAGCUUCUGAGGAGCAUGCAUUUUACCAGGAAGCUCAAGAAGAAGAUGCCGGAAAACAGUUCUGAGACCAUGAGUGCAGGAGCUGAAGCUGUCAAGGCCUCUGUAAAGCCCAAAGAGGUGAAGGCCAAGAUCCCAAAGGGUCUCAACCACAAGCUCCAUCAACUUGCCUUCAUUGCUCAUCCCAAGCUUGGGAAGUGUGCUUGUGUCCACAUUGCCAAGGGUCACAGGCUUUGCCCACCAAAGGCCAAGGUCAAACCAAGACCCAGGCUCUACCUCUGGCUCCCACUUUAA